CCCCUGCCCCCGGCACUGACUCUGUGACUCUCUCCCCAGUGGACGUGACUCUGGAUCCAGACACGGCAAAUCCCAGACUCGUCCUGUCUGAGGAUCGGAAACGUGUGAGACACGGAGACACACGCCAGGAUCUGCCCAAUAACCCUGAGAGAUUUGAUCCUUGUCCCUGUGUCCUGGGCGCUAAGAGGUUCACGGGCGGGAGGCGUUACUGGGAGGUGGAGGUGGGAGACAUGACUGGAUGGACUCUGGGGGUUUGUAGGGAAUCUGUGAGCAGGAAGGGGAAUGUCACAUACACACCUAGGAAUGGAUACUGGGUCGUGUGGCUGAUGUGUGGGGGAUACACGGCCUUCACCUCCCCCCCGACCCCCCUCUCCGUGAGCGUCCGGCCCAGCCGGGUGGGGAUUUUCCUGGACUAUGAGGCGGGCGAGGUCUCGUUUUACAAUGUGACUGACGGGUCCCAUCUCUUCACUUUCACUGACACCUUCUCCGGGACGCUCCGCCCUUAUUUCUAUCCUGGUCUCAACGCUGGGGGUACAAACGCGGCUCCCCUGAUAAUCUGUCCGGUCCCAGCUGAGGCCGGAGGGAAUCUCUGUCCCUGACAGUGACCCCGCGCCACAGACUGUCCCCUCCCAGCGCUGCUGCUCUUCCCACCCCCAGUGGUGGGGGCCAGUUACUGCAGCAACUGGACUUUUUGUGCUGACCGGACGCUGCCAGUUUCCCUUUUCAACUGGAGCUUCCAGUCAAAAACCAGACACCUGGGAACCCCCCGCCCUCACCUUUCCCCAUCCCCUGCCCCAGGGGUAGCAGAUGGGGGUGGAUGGGGGACAUUUACCCCGUCAGAAUUUUCUACCCCUGUGAAAUCUCAAUGUAAAAUAUGAAAGAAAAAAUAUCAUUUUAAUUUAGAAAUUGUUAUUGUACCAAGGUGUAAAUACAAGAAUAUUUUAAUUUACAUUUCAACAGUAUUUCAAAAACAAGCCUAUAGAUCUAUUUGUAGAAAUGGAAUUAUUUACAUUACUUUUUAUUUUUUCCCUCAAAUCUAUAGUGAAGUUUAACAUCUCUAAAUAACGUCAAUUGCAUUUCAACUGUGGAAUUUCAAGAAAUCCAAAAUAUUUAUCUUAACAAAAUAAACUAUUAAAUUGUCAGACUGGGUUGCUCAGUUACAAUGUACGUGUGUCAUAAACAUCACAACUACACACAUGUGCAGCUGCUCUCUGUUUUUUCUCCCUCUCUCUUUAUUGUCUUGACUGGUUCUCUCUGGAAGGCAGGGCACAUAUGCUCACCUUCUGCACUACACCUUUGAAAAUUAAUAGUUGAAAAAAUGAUGGAAUUAAUUGAGCAAUAUAUUUAAGUUAACUCACAGAAGAUUAUAUAAUAUUCUUUGAACUCCUGUCAGCAUUAAUUCAUGUGAUUUUUAACUUUCUAGCUACAUAUAAUUGGUAAUCAAGAUAUGACCCUUCCUUUCUUUUACUCACAUCAAUUAACAAAACAGGGUCCCCAACCUCAAAUGCUCUCUUCCUAUAGAUAGAAAUCUCUUCUACAAUCUCCAUUUUUUAGUUUAUUUUUCUUUAGAAAUAUUAUUUGCAGGCAAUGUACUGUCACUGUGCACGAUUGAUUUCAAUGUACUGUCAGGCUCUUCAUGUUCUUGGUUAUAAGGACACAACAAAUGAACUUUGGUAAAGAAAUAGAGAAGGAGCUGUAUUCCUUUACUCAAUCAUCACAAAUUAACUUAAUUGUAUUAAAGACGCUGGCCCUUAAUGACACAUAACAUGAAAUUUGGCAAACCUUUCUUCUAGGCCAUAAAUCAGUUGAAAGGGUGAUAUUUUUGUUGUCGUGUGAGGUUUAGAGUACAAAGAAAAUGAAGUUGCUCCAGGAAAUUCAUCACAAUUCCUCUGGGUUCUGUCCACCACUUUCUGCAAUGCUCUGUAAAAAUAGUGACCGAUUGGUCUAAUUCCUCGAAAUCAGUGAUUGAGCUUAAUUUCUUGAAGAUCUAGCUGAACAGAGUCUGAGGGGAGGCACAUCACAUGGCAUUGCUGGGACUACUUUUUGUUUUAAACAUGAUGUGUUAUGAACAUUUUCAAUGUAAUAAUUCAGUUUUGAAGAUUUAUUCACAAUAUGCCAU